AUCAUUCCAACCACUUUCAUAUGGCAAUGUCAGACCAGUGCUGCAACGGGCUGAAACGACUUUUAUUAUGACGGCAUAACGUACCAGGAAGUACUCAGAAACACAUUUUCAUUAAUUUAUUUUUUCCAUUCCCUUAUAUCUAUCAGACAUUUCUGACAGCAAAUUCUUCACGUACUUUCAUCCUCAAUGUUGGAGUGUCGGAAGCCUGUCAAUGGUUUGUUUGUUCAGCAAGUAUCUCACGUGACGUUUUUGUUUACGUAGUCACCGUUUUUGUCUCUUGGCUGCAAGUGGUUUAUCUAGCUAGCCAAGUUGUUUCAGACUUGAAAUGAGACAUUCACAAGCUGUUUUGACCCCAGUUGCAUAUUUAUUUAGUUAUUUGGUUUAUGUUGCGUAAUUCAGCUUGCUAGCUCAAUAGUUGAGUUUCACUACAUGUCAUUUAGAAUCAUCAAUGGCAGUAACUGUAACUAAAGAAAAGACUCAAUGUCUAACGAAGUAUCGUUAGAUCCUCACAGCAAGAGGAUUCAUAUAGAAAAGACCCCCGCUGAAAGCGUUUGUUCGAAAAAGCAGUCAAGAGUGUCUUUUGUUACCAUAACAAGUUAUGCUAAUUUAGAGUUUAAAUGUUUAAAAACCUAGGCAAACAGUUAGGCGAGUUAAAAUGUAGUUAUUACAUGGCAAUGAUAGUACGAGCGUUCUGAUUGGUUAAUGAGUGGUCAUGCCUCCCGCGUAUUGCCCACUCAGGGGCCUCAGCGGGCGAUUCGGAGUUGCCUAGGCCUAUUGCCAUCCGACUAACAUUUUUCGUGAGAAGACUUGAGAGCUCAACAAAACUACAUUUUUUUCUAUUUACAAUUACCAUUUCUUUUCAUUUACAAAAUGAGCGAAAGCAAACACUCUGAUAGUGAGUUUUACUAUCCAGAUCAACAGGAAAUAGUUACAACUGGAGGUGGAGAUGACGAAAAUGAAAACAACAACAACCAGGAGGAAAUUGAGGACUUUAUAAAAGAGCAGAAAAGCGCAAACACUGCGAGAAAAACAACAAGUGACCUGAAAACACUUAAACGGUACUUACAGUCAAUCAACAAGGGUCAAAUAGAAAUGGUUAACCUACCAGCUCCCGAGCUUGACCAUUUGCUUGCAAAGUUUUUCAAGGACGUGCACAAGGUAAAUGGCGACGAGUACGAGCCCGAUAGUGUAUCUAGCUUCCAGAGAAGUAUCCAUCGAUUCCUUACAGACCAAAAAUAUCCACACAACAUCCUCAAGGACAGGGAGUUUGGAACGUCCCGUAGUGUCCUGGCUGCCAAACGGAAGCAGCUGGUUGUUAAACAUGGAAAAGGUAACAGACCAAACGCCACCCGGCCGAUUACAGAUGGCGACGAAGCAAAGUUGUUUGAGAGCGGAGAAUUUGGUUUUUCCAAUCCUGAGUCUCUUCAAAGAACCAUGUGGUGGUUCAUGUCACUCCAUUUUGGCCUUAUCAACAGAGAUGAAAGCCGUAAGUUGUGCUGGGGCGACGUUGAAUUGCAGCUUGACGAGGAUGGCAGAGAGUUGUUGGUGUGGCUUAGCGAGCGCGGCACGAAGAACCGUAAAGGCCAAGAAAUUGGCCACGGAAGAGCAUUUCAGCCGAAAGUUUACGCCACUGGCACUAAUAGAUGUCCAAUCAUGAUGUACAAGAUGUUUAAAAGCCAUAGGCCAGGUGAGAUGAAUUCUCAAGAUUCGCCAUUCUUUCUUGCUUUGAGACAUAAUCGCAAGCUCGACAGUCACAUUUGGUACAAGAAAGCCCCACUCGGCAAAAACGAAAUAGGCAAGUUUAUGCAGCAAGCUGCUGGAAGAUCUGGUCUAGCGCAGAGAAUCGGUGGAAAAGUGAGCAACCACUCUGUCCGAAAAACAAGUAUCAGCAGGCUAUUGGAUGCCAAUAGGGAACAUUGUGCCACCAACAUUGUGCCAUCAGAGAACUUUCCGGCACAAUUGAGUGGCCACAAAAACACCCAAAGUCUUCAAUCUUGUAAAUCGGCCAACGAACAGCACCAGCGGCAAAUGUCAAAUAUCCUGAGCCGAACACAACAACCUUCAAACAAGAGCCUACCAGCCCCAUCGCAAGGUCCUUCUUCACAUGCUUCAGUUCCUUCUUCUUCCUUGCGUCUCUGGGUGCCACCACUGAGGCUACUAUCAGCGUUCAUGUGGCAGGUGGCAGAGCAGCGCAGAGUCGAAUACUACACCAGGUUGGAGGAGUUUGUCUCGGUUGUCUUGGAGAUGGUCCCAGACCUAAUGACCGCUAAGGAAAGGGUUGAACUCCUCCUUGGCCUGAGAGCAACGUUUAUUCUAGAGUUAUGCCACGAUCAGCCAUCAUUAACACUCCAGAUAAUGCAGCCACACCUGGAAAGCAUCUCUUUGAUUGCUGAAUCUGCAUCCAUUGAUGAGAGUGGAGAUCGAACAGGGGAGGUUGCUGUGAGAAAUUUUGUGGAUCUCAUCCAAACCCUUCUGCGGAGUCCUACAUACAGGUGGCAAUUCUUCCAGGACAUUUACCCAUUGCAUUACGGUCCCAAAUAUGACACUGCACUGCAGUCACUGGUGUGGGAAUUCCUGUGCAGACUGGAAAAGCUACUACCAGUGCCUAGCUUUCAUCAGGCAGCCUAUUGGUUUAAUGAAGACUCCUCACUCCUGGAGGAUUCCUUACAAAUCGUUUCUGACCCAAAGAAAAUGCAAAUCUUGUUGCUACACUUCAAGCGUUUUGCACACUUGGACCCAGGAUCCUCAUCUUCACCCAUUAUGGCAGACACUAUUCUCUCCACAUUAUCUGGAAAAGCUGAGAAAUGUCUGUCAACACCCCAUGAAACCCAAGGUUCAAUGAAUGAAGCAGGUAGGCAUGGAGACAUGAAUGAAGAAGACAGACAUGGAGAUGUGGAUGAAGGAGACAUACAGACAGAAUUGGAUAAAGAAGACAGACAUGGAGAUCUGGAUGAAGGAGACAUACAGACAGAAUUGGAUAAAGAAGACAGACAUGGAGAUGUGGAUGAAGGAGACAUACAGACAGAAUUGGAUGAAGAAGACAGACAUGGAGAUGUGGAUGAAGGAGACAUACAGACAGAAUUGGAUAAAGAAGACAGACAUGGAGAUGUGGAUGAAGGAGACAUACAGACAGAGUUGGAUGAAGAAGACAGACAUGGAGAUGUGGAUGAACGUGAUCCACAGAGAGACAUUGAUCAAGGCUGGCAGAGAGACAUGAAUGAAAAACAUCAACAGAAAGUGGAGAAGAAGGAACUCAAUGGUCACAUGAUUGAUUGUGAGAACGCAGUAGACGACAGGGGGGCGCGAGAGGUCCCAACAUCCUCAGGAGAAGGGCCUUGGGUGUCCUCGCCACAAGGCAGUUUGCCCGAGAGAGCAUCUCAGUCAGUCAACACAGUUGCUGGCUCGGCCAGUCAGCUACUACGGCAGGUGUGCACCCAAUGUGGCAAAACCUAUCUUUCAAAAUCCUGUUUGAUUAGACACCAGAGAACACAUACAGAAGAGAAGAAAGCACCACAACUGCGGCUUACAUGCUUAGAAUGUGGCAAGUCUUUCGAGAGUAAAAGAACUCUUACUGAUCAUCAGACCACUCACACAGGAGAGCGGCCCUACCUGUGCUCUUAUUGUGGGAAGACUUUUAGAAGGAAGAACAUUUUGACCUGCCACAUACGCGUGCAUACGGGUGAACGGCCCUACGGCUGCUCAGUUUGUGGGAGGAGGUUCAUGCAGCACUCAAACCUGGUCUCUCAUAAGCGAUUGCACACUGGUGAGAGACCCUACCUGUGUUCUUUCUGUGGCAAGGGUUUCCCAGUUUCGGGGGCAUUAUUAGUUCAUACACGGAAUCAUACUGGAGAGCGUCCCUACAAGUGUGAGUUCUGUGGAAAAGGUUUCAUGGAUUCCAGCCGUCUGGUUAAACACAGGAGACUUCACACCAAGGAGAAACCGUAUGUUUGUUCAGUGUGUAAGAAGCAGUUUUGGUUAGUUUCAGGGCUGAAGAAACAUAUGCGAACACACACAGGGGAGAAACCUCAUGAGUGUUUAUUUUAUGGUAAAAGGUUUUCUGAGCGAGGGAAUAUGAAAAUUCAUCAACGUGUGCAUAGGUGACAUCUCCAGAUCUAGAUUUUAGUAAUAGUGAGGUAAUUCACCAUUAAAUGUCCGCUCAUGGUUGACUGCAUUAAAUAUGCCUAGCUUCCGAGCUUUGAUACCUGUGCACAAAGUGUGCCUAUUGGUGAAGGGAUGUUCGGGUAAAUCCAAUGGAAGUUACUAGUGACAUGGUGCCAGAUCUCAAUCACAA